GCGUUUUAUAAUUUACUAAUCAUUGAUUGCUUUUCUCCCUGUUCUCAUUACAGUUGUAGUUCACGUUAUGUCGGCGAUCAUUGUGAACACCUGAAUCCUUGCUUUACCGGCUUGCUGCGUUGUCAAAAUGGCGGCACCUGUCAGCCAUCGUAUCGUAAUGAUCGCCUUGGCAUCUCCUGUUUAUGUCCGCUUGGCUUUACCGAAUCUUUGUGCGAGAUACGAGUGCCGAAUGCUUGUGACUCAUCACCGUGUCGCAAUAGUGGCUCAUGUAAUCUGAAAACAUUGGAUGAUUACACGUGCUCCUGCAUGAAUGGAUAUACAGGCGAUUAUUGUGAAACACAAAACCUCUGUGCCACAUCACCAUGCCACAAUGGCGGCACUUGCACCUCGGUCAACGGUGGCAACAGUUUCAAGUGCAUAUGCCCGAAAGGGUUCAAAGGACAGACAUGCGCCGAAGAUGUGAUAGAGUGCGAAGCGAACCCGUGCAAACAUGGCGGUACUUGCAAGAAUACUCAUGGCUCCUACCAAUGCAUGUGUCCUGGCGGCUAUACCGGCAAAAAUUGUGAAUCCAAAUACAUUCCAUGUUCGCCAUCACCUUGUCAGAAUGGCGGCACAUGUCGUGCAUCGAAUGGUCUAACGUACGAGUGCAAAUGCCCACCUG